AUGAGUGUCAAGAAGAUUUUGAAGAGACAAAAAAGAAUUUAUGGGGACGAGAUGCCUGUUAGGGACGGCGCCAAAAAGUCUCUUGUGGGCGUCAUCGACGAUGGAACAAAGACAGUCAGAUUUGUGAUAUAUGAAGCGGAACGUUCAGAAGAGUUAGUAUCGUAUCAAUUGGAUAAAACAGAAGUGCAGCCUCAAGAGGGAUGGUACGAGCAAGACCCCUUGGAAAUUAUACACCACAUAAAGUUGUGUGCUGAGAACGCUAUAGAUCAAUUGGAUGAGUUAGGUUACACAAAAGAUGAUAUAAUGACGUUAGGCGUAACCAAUCAAAGGGAAACGACGAUAGCAUGGGAUAAGUUCACCGGCGAGCCUUUGCAUCCCGCUAUAUCAUGGAACGACAUACGGACAGACAGUACAGUAGAUGCGAUACUAGCCAAAGUGCCGGAUAGAAAUAAAAAUUAUCUCAAAGGUAUAUCCGGGUUACCGAUCAGUCCUUAUUUUAGUGCAUUGAAAAUGAGAUGGCUAAAGGAUAACAUAAAGGCAGUGAGAAGAGCGAGCAGGGACAAGAGAUUGUUGUUCGGGACAGUUGAUACGUGGAUUAUUUGGAACCUAACCGGUGGACCUCAUGGUGGUCUUCAUAUAACAGAUGUAACGAAUGCUUCGAGGACCUUACUCAUGAAUUUGGAGACGUUGAACUGGGAUCCUAUGCUUUGUAGGUUAUUCGGCAUACAUAGAGACUCGCUGCCGCAAAUACGGAGUAGUUCUGAGAUAUAUGGAACGGUGAAGAAUGAUUCCAUUUUGGAAGGAAUUAGGAUAUCUGGUAUUCUAGGCAACCAACAGUCAGCUCUGGUCGGUCAGAACUGCCUCCAAGCUGGCCAAGCGAAGAACACAUACAGGAGUGGAUGUUUCCUUCUAUACAAUACUGGGACCAGACGGGUUCAGUCCACGCAUGGGCUAUUGACGACCGUUGCAUACAAGUUGGGACCGGAUUCACCUGCUGUAUAUGCUUUGGAAGGUUCGAUAGCGGUAGCUGGAGGAGCCAUGAAGUUCCUCCGGGAUAACCUCCAUUUAAUCAAAGACGUGUCACGUGACACGGAGCACAUCGCCGGCCAGGUGUUCUCAACCGGGGACGUGUACUUUGUUCCCGCACUCAACGGUCUGUACGCGCCCUAUUGGAGGAAAGAUGCUAGAGGUAUUAUCUGUGGACUAACAGCGUUCACCACGAAGAAUCACAUUAUUCGAGCGGCUUUAGAAGCUGUGUGCUUUCAAACUAGGGAUAUUUUGGAAGCAAUGAACAAAGAUUGCGGGAUGCCGCUAUCGAAACUCCACGUUGACGGUAAAAUGACUUCGAACGACCUUCUGAUGCAAUUGCAAGCGGAUUUGAUUGGAAUACCUGUGUUACGAGCCCACUCGUGGGAUAUGUCGGCUCUGGGCGUGGCGGUCGUCGCCGGCGCCGCGGUGAAUGUAUGGAGCGUGGACAGAUGGCGACACCGUGCCAUCUCCACUGACACCUUCCUGCCCACUACUACUGAUGAUGACCGUGAUGCGAGAUACACUAAAUGGAAGAUGGCGGUACAACGCUCCCUCGGGUGGGCGACGACCAAAAAGUCCAUCACAAUGACAGAGGAAAGAUACAGUCUUUUGGCAUCAAUACCGGCAACACUGUAUCUCAUCGGUAGCUUUACAAUGCUAGUCGUUUCUAGUAUACUUAAGGAUAGC